AUGGAUCCCAAAUCCAUCAAUAAGCCAAGGGCUAUAGCUGCUUCAAUUGGUCAUACAGAAGAUGAUUGGGCUCAGGUUAGGCGUGACCUAUUGGGUGAGCUGCACACACACAAAGAGGAAUACAUUACACUUUAUGGGUCCUGUGAAAGGUUUGAAGAAUUGACAAGCAUAUUGUCAUACUUUGAAGACAGUCCUGGAUACUCACAUUGGAUGACUAUGCCAGACAUGGGCCAUCUUGUUGCAUCGUGCUACAAUCUUGUGUUAUACCACUUGUCUUUACAGCAAUGUCUCACCUUUUUACCUCUUAGAACCGUGCCAGUACCUCAACUUGAUAGACGUGAGAUUGCCAUUGGGUUUGUCAACGGAAAUCAUUUCGUGCAGGUUUUGUUGCAGUCAGGCCAUCCAGUUCCUCCUAUAGCCACUAAUUGGCGAAAAUACCGUCACCCUUGCGCUGUCGACUAG